AUUACCGCAACAGAAAGCGCGAGGUGUGAACAAAACUCAUUUUUUAUUAUAUUAUACUGUUUAAUGCAGAAUUUGUGACUUCGCCCGGUUUUUAAUUUGCAAAUAGUUGAAAGACACCAGGGACUAUCAGAAACUGUCAGGGUUGUGUGAGUCAAUCACUAAAUUAAUAACUAAUAGCUUUAGCACGAUAGCAUCAUGGCCAGUCCUGCGAGCGCAAACAUGAACGCUGUCCGGGAGACUAUGGAUGUUCUCCUUGAGAUGUCAAGGCUGUUGAACACGGGAUUGGACAUGGAGUCUCUGUCGAUAUGUGUCCGUCUCUGUGAGCAGGGGAUCAACCCCGAAGCCCUGUCAUCAGUCAUCAAAGAGCUCAGAAGAGCCUCGGACUCAUUCAAGGCUUCUGAAAACAGCACUAGUCAAGGAUGAGCAGUCUAAAUUUCAUCUAUGACCGAGUCGACCCUGUUUGAGAAGAAAAAACUGCACAAUGCAUUGUAUAUAAACUUGUACAUAUGAUUAAUGUGUUAGUUUGAUUUGCCUUGUUUGACCUACUUUCAUGUGCCUCAGUCUGUACAGUACGACUGUUGUGUGUGCUCUUUUAAUAUUUUUUUUUUUUUAAUUUUGUAUAUACUAAAAAUUAUUAUUCAUUACAUGCUAAAAGCAAAAAUAUGUCCUCAAAAUAGAUAUUACCGUGUGGACCAUUUUUUGCCUCCGAUUAAGUCAGUAAAAUAUAUUUUCUUUA